UCACAUAGGCGGAAACUAUGGGUACCGAUGAAAGACAAACCUUACCAACCCACCACACCUGCUGCUGUCACCGCUGGUGGACAGCACAUUACCAGUGUCCUCGCUUGUCAUGUUGUCAGUUUAAUAAAACAAUAAUAAAAGUGAUGCGAAAGCGAAAUAACUCGCUCACCGUGGACCAUGACAGCUCUUCCACCAACACAUUGCUGGACAGCAGUCCGGAUUUAAACUACUGUCACAGGAGAGGGGAAGGGGUUCCUGAGCCUUGUGUACCAUCUAUCUCGGAAACGGACAAAAAAAUGGGCAGACCAUUUCGAAGGGUGUGCUGUUUGGGCCUAGUAUCUGUCAGGGACUUCACCCUCCAUGUGGGAUAUGGCCUAAUGGGCAGAUUGAAGAGGAUCCUCCUGUGGGUGCUGGGAGUCUACAUAACCAUCCCCUUCCUGGUCAAACUAUGCCCCUCAAUUCAGGCAAAACUAGUAUUUUUAAAUUUUGUGCGGCUGCCCUAUUUCAUUGACUUGAAAAGGCCACAAGACCAUGGGUUGAACCACACCUAUAACUUCUACCUGCAGCCAGAGACUGGUGUCAACAUUGGUGUAUGGCACACAGUCCCAGACCAGAUGUGGAAGGAGGCGCAGGGGAAGGACAGAGAGUGGUAUGACAGUACCUUUAAAUCCCCCUAUCCAGUCAUGCUGUACCUUCACGGCAACGCAGGGACAAGAGGAGGGGACCAUAGAGUUCAGCUCUACAAGGUCCUUAGUUUAUUAGGCUACCACGUAGUCACAUUUGAUUAUAGAGGUUGGGGUGAUUCAGACGGGAGCCCCUCUGAGAGCGGAAUGACGUCAGAUGCCCUGUUCCUCUACCAGUGGAUGAAGGAGAGGGUGGGGAGCAAACCCCUCAAUGUCUGGGGCCACUCACUGGGGACAGGGGUGGCCACUAACCUAGUCCGACGUCUGUGUGACAGAGGGACGCCCCCAAACUCCUUAGUCUUGGAAUCUCCAUUCACCAACAUCCGAGAGGAGGCCAAGAGCCACCCCUUCUCUAUGGUCUACCGGUACCUUCCAGGAUUUGAAUGGUUCUUUUUAGAUACCAUUUCAGCAAACGACAUUCGAUUUGCCAGUGACGAAAAUGUGGACCACAUAUCCUGUCCAUUGCUUAUCCUUCAUGCCGAGGAUGACUCAGUCGUGCCCUUCCAUCUAGGGAAGAAGCUGUACAACAUUGCUUCCCAGUCCAAGAGCCUGAGUGGACACAAGCUUCAGUUCAUCCCCUUUCCUGUCUCUCUGGCCUACAAGCACAAGUUCAUCUACAGGAGUCCUGAGCUGCCACACAUACUCAGUGACUUCCUUGGCACGUCUCAUCCCCAUGCAUAACCGACAAGAACAUUUCCACCUGUCCAUUGUUUCCUCUUUACAACCCCCCCCCCCCCCACGCGCGCGCGCACACACACACACACACACACACAAACUCUUUUACUGUAUGCUUUAUGGUUGAUGUGUACAUAUCUCAUAAAACAUUGAAAUGUACACGCAUGGACUGAAGAAGAUGCAUCCAUUCCUUUAUUUAGCAUUCCUUUGACACCUAAAAUUCCUGCAAGACAUAAAUGGAACACUGGCAAAGAGUGAGGGAUGGACAACUGGCUUGGCUUGUUGUCAAGGUUACACAAACCAAGAGGAUGGCUUGAGCACAAAGAUGAAAUAUGCACAUAUUUUAAGGAGCCAAGACAAACAUCAUGGAGUGGGAAGAACAGUGGAUCGAGCAGGGAAGCAGUGUUUUUAAUUGCACAAUGUUUGGGGAAUAGACAUUCAUACACAAGGCGAGGAAGGAGAAUGUUUUUCAUUUUACAACUCAUCUGCAGCACAGAGCAAAUUCUGUUAAUACCAGUCCAGUUUAUUUUCCCAAUUUUAUUUUUGUUACAUUACAGAUCAUGAUUUAAAAGUAUCUAUUUUAUUUGACUGAUCUCAGAUGAGAAGUUUUGGACUCUAGCUUUUCUCUAUUUAAGGAAAUGUAUAACUUGAAUUAAAUAUUAUACAUUUGACCUAA